CGAGAAAUCCAGUCUCUCGACACCAUGUCCACCCUCUUGAGCAGUCUCACGCAGUACAGCAUCCUAGCCGUCGCGACUUGCGCCCUUGCAACUCACCUGGUCUUCAAUCGCUUAGAGCCCACUGAACUUCCGGUCGUGGCCGCCGCACUCCUCGGCCCACCCGCCGUGUUCUCGUCGCUGCCCGUCCACUAUUAUGGCAUCCUCGGAGGGAUUGCUCUGUCAUACGCCACUUUCUAUGCUACGUUGGCCUCCUCAGUCUUUCUGUACCGCAUCUCUCCUUUCCAUCCACUUGCUCGCUAUCCAGGCCCAUUCCUCGCAAAAGUCUCGAGGGGAUACUGGGGGUCGAUCGCCAUUCGGGGCCGGCAACACGUUGAGCUCCAGCAGCUGCACAAUAUCUAUGGCGACAUCGUCAGAUUUGGCCCCAACGAGCUCUCAUUCCGAGACACGUCUAUGAUCCAACCCAUCAUGUGCGCACACGGGAUGCCUAAGGGACCAAUGUUCGAAGGGCGUGCGCUUAAGCCGCCCGUCCGUGCCUUCAGUACGGCCGCACUUGAGGAGUAUGAGCCCAUCGUCGCGAAGCGCGGCGCCCAGCUCGUCGAGAUCCUCGCUGAGAAGAAAACAGUUGAUUUUGGGUAUUGGGUUAACUUCUUAUCGUUACGUUUGUCUUUCCACCCAUGGAGAUCUGCUAUCUGGCUGUCUCUCAUCCAAAGCUUUGAUAUCAUGACUGACGCGCUCUUCGGUGGUAAUCUUGGUGCGGAGAUGAUGGCUACUGAAGAUAAGGAUGGCGUGAUGCACAGCUUCAAGCUGGGCUUCGAGUCUGGCCAGAUUUUCGAGCACCUCCCGUGGCUGGGCUUCUGGAUGCGACAAUUCCCAAAGCUUGCCGCAUCUGCCAGGAAUUAUCGAGCAAUGUGUAUUGAGCGGGGCACGCGGCGGUACCAGCAUGGUUCGAAGCAAAAGGACCUCUUCUACUAUCUAAGCAACGAGGACGGCUCGGAGAAGCAGACGCCAGACAAGGCUACUAUCCUCGCGGACUCUUCGCUGGCCAUCACCGCGGGGUCGGAUACAACCGCAUCCGCCGAGGUCGACCAGUUUUACCCGCCCGAGGAGAAUUCGCUCGAUCCUAAGUAUCAUUCACAGAUGCCAUACCUCGAGGCCGCCAUAAAUGAAACCAUGCGCUUAUUCCCCGCCAUUUUGAGUGGGAGCCAGCGCUCCCCUGAGCUUGGUAGCGGCGGUGCAGCCGUCGGUCCCCAUUUUAUCCCGGAGAAUACCUCCGUGCGUGUGCACUUCUGGUCCGUGCAGCGCGACGCGCGCAACUUCUCGCUGCCGGAGACGUUCCUCCCCGAGCGGUGGCUCGUCGCCGAGGGCGUCGAGGAUGCGCGGGUGGCGGCGCUGGGACUCACGCCGGGGUCGCUGACGCACAACGUGAACGCGUUCACGCCGUUCUCGACCGGACCCUGGAACUGCGUCGGCAAGAACCUCGGACUGCUCGAGCUGCGGUGCGUCAUGACACACAUAAUGCAGCGCCUCAGCCUCCGCUUUCAGGACGGUUGGGAUCCCGCAACAUGAGAGCCCUCAGUGCGA